AUGAAGAGUAUGAAACCGAAGCCAAUAAUGUUACAACGAAGUGCACCUGGAGAGGAAGAAGAUGAUAUGAUUGCACUCUUUGAGCAAAUUCGAAUUAACAACGAAGCUGUUGUUGCUGAUGCAGCACCAGUAAGUCCAUCCGACUUUGUGAGUCUUCAAAGCAUUCGAUGUUCCGCAUUGGCUCGUCGGCCAAAUACCACAAUGAAAUUUUCUCGCUUUGCCGAUACAUUACUAAGCGAUCUGUUAAACAGAGAUUGCGUAAUCUCCGAUGCAGACUCAGCAUCUGAGAAGGGAUCAGUCGUUGGUGAGAAGAAAACUUCGCUCGAAGGAGACUCUAUUGUCGCAGCCAAAAAAUCAGAGAAUGCCAAGCAGGAUAAUGAGAAGACAGUGGAGAGAGACAAAAAACAAUCUGAGAAAAGUGAAAAUCCGGAUAAUCAUGAGAAUAAGGAGCACCAGAAAGAUACAAUCUCUGAGGAGCUAGCGAACAACAAGGAUGAUGCUACAAACAGUGCUAAUGACACUGAAAAUGAAGAGAAGGAAGGCGAGCUCCUUUCACGUGGACCAGUACGUAAUGCACGAAACUGGGGAUCUCAUCAUCAUCCUUAUGCUACUGGCGAACUACAAUAUGGAGCUGCUGCUCUCAGUACUGUUCAAGACUAUACAGCUUUCUCCAACUAUGGAGGUGGUUACGAAUGCGGAAUUACAUGGGGAGACUCUCCUGACCAGAUUGGUUGCCUAUCGCAAUCCUCCACGCCUGAUACAAUGAUUUCUGACCAAGGAUAUUCUUCAUCAUCACCAGUAUUAACUUCACCUGGAAAACAUUGUCAAGAUCAGAAUAUAAGUAUCACACAAGACAUUGAUCGAUUGCUUAAUUGUAAGGAACUUCCAGACCGAUUGGCCGACUUCAUUCUGAAAUUUUCACACACAGAUAAUGAACGACCGAACUCCAAUAACUCAGCUUACAAUGAGAGUCCAGAUGGUCCAAUGGGAUGUCAAAGUGGUCCUACAACUCCUGGAUCAACAGUGUAUCGCUCUAAUACUCCAAAAUCUGAUGGCCGAAUGGCUAGAAUGGCUCUACGAAAUAUAAUUCCUGAAGAUGAGUUUGAAAAAGCAUGGGCUUGGGCACUUGUAAACCAGUCGAUGAUCUAUGAUAAUCGAGGAGAUGCUGAUGGUGAUACGCUUCUUCAUAUUCUUGUUAACCAGCAAGACAUUCCAAAAAUAUAUGCUCUGAUAGAGCAUCUUAUCAAACAUGAUGCUGGAAGAAACAGCAGGCAGUACGACAAGCCUAACAAGGACAAUGAGACUCCAUUCUUUGUCGCUGUUAUUCGUGGAAACAGCUACAUUACGGAUUAUUUGUUGGAACUUGGAGUUGAUUGUAACAUCCGGAGUUACCGUGGAGACCAGGAUGCUCCAUUACAUAACGCCGCUUCACGAGGCAAACUGGAUAUUGUUGAGAGUUUAUGUAAAUACCCAAGCAUUGAUUUAAAUGCAGUGAAUGCUAGAGGUCAAACCGCUUUACUCUGCGCCAUCCGAAGCCACGGCGCAAUUGAUGAGGAAUCAAACAGUCGUCUUGAUAACUCAGAAAUAAUUAAGUUCUUGCUUACUAAUAAUGCUGAUCCAACGAUUACUGAUUACAACGGAAGAACCAUUGUACAUUACAUAAUUGAAACAGGGGAACCAGAACUUCUUGAUCUUUUCCGACGAAAUGUUGAUGACGGUAAAGUUACAACACUUGUUAACCAAGAAGAUUAUUCCGGAACUCUUCCAAUGAAGAUGGUUCAUGACAUUCCAAGUAAAAAGGAUAGAACUGCAAUGGUUCUUCCAAUGUUGACCUGUGGCGCUGGCUUGGUCUAA